AAGUUCUUGUCUUCCUUCCAUACUGCUGUUGAUACUUCUUUUCCUUUAAUAUUCUUCUGAAAGUUGCCAAAUAUGCCCAGCUUUAAGUCUAUCCUCAGCAAGACUAAGCCGUUGCUUCCGAUCGUUGACGGCACCUUCCCGCCUGCCUUGACCUCCGGUUUGUCAGUGUUUCUCGUGUUACUCUACCUCAUCAACAUCUACAUGGACUCUAAGCUUUUCAAUGCCAUCUCUUUGUACUCCCAUGCCCCGUUGGAGUUGGAGUUGAAUAGACUCUCCAUGUAUCCGCUCGGACACGCCAACACCUUCCAUUUGGUCAUGAACAUUUUCGCCAUGAUCGGGCCGUUGUCCAAGUUCGAGGUGGGACACGGUACCGUGCACACUGGUGUCGUGUUGAAUGCGUUGGCUGUUGUCACUGCUUUAAUAUACUGUGUUUUGAGUGGCUUCUUUUAUCCGGGUGCUCGCGUUCUUGGUGCCUCUGCCUGGUGGUUCUCCUUUGCCGGCUUUUUUGCCCAGAGAGAGUCGGUCAACAGACCCCACAUCCACCUUUUCAGCAACUUUGUCAUCCCAACCAUUUUCUCUCCGUUGGUUCCUUUGGUCAUCAUUACGAUUUUGUUUCCGUCGGGUGCCAGUUUCAUCGGCCACGUUGCCGGUUUACUCGCUGGUUACUUGUUGGCCUUUGGCUAUUUGAAGUUCAUGGUUCCACCUUCCAAAGUGAUUGAAUUCAUCGAAUCCAAGGUUGACUUUUUGAUCAACUUGAUUCCAAGCCGUAUCCGGUACUACCGUGAACGCGAUGUUAAACCAAUCAGAGACGACUCUUCCAGCUACGUACCUAUGUUUAUCGAAAAUAGCGUUUUGCUAACCACUAACCCGCUUGUCGCUUCCCCUUCCGAGCAGAGUGGGUUCCCAGGUGCCGGCCAAGCUUUGGGUGUCUAAGCGAGGUCUUUUCGGGUUGGAAUUUCCAUACACCUCUCCUGUGUAACCCUCCCCCCCGGGACACAGGCUCCUAGAUCUUGAAUUACGCGCGAGCUGAUCGGGUAGUGUCCAUACACUUACCUAAAUAUAUUCCCUGUGAGUAUACUGUAUACUAUGAAACUAAUUCUGAUGCUUGUAUAAAGUAUGAUUAACUGCUACCUAUAUAUGUCUAUGUUAGUUGUUGCGACUGCUAAAUACGCAAUGAGCGCUAGCCAUUGA